AUGACUGGCGACUUGGUCAGUUCAGAGGUCGCGAAAAUGCCCCGUCGCUCUGAACGCAUCUCGCAAAAAGCUGUAUCUAUGGGCAUUCGAUCUGCCAAUCCGGGUGUGAGGCGGAAGUCAAACUCUACAGCAAGGAGUCAUAUCGCAUCCAGGAAGGGAUUGUCAACUCGACCUUUCCCGCCUAUACACGUCGAGCAUUUCGGGAUAAUUCAAAGUCUACUAUGUUACGAGCCGUUUUGGCUUCUCGUCGCUGUCACGCUUUUGAACAAGACACCAGGCCAGUCUGCACGCCCAAUAUUCUGGAGGAUCAAAGAUCGCUACCAAGACCCGCCUUCCUUAGCAGCAGCAGACCAAGACGAGCUCAGUCAAAUGAUCCGCACGCUCGGCUUACAGACCCAGCGGUCCAACAGGAUAAUCAAACUUGCCACGACCUGGACUCGCUCGCCUCCACGCAAGGGCGUUCGUUACAGAACCCGUAACUAUCCUCUGCAGGGUCAAGGAAAGGAGCUGGAUGUCCAAGUCGAAACAGACGCCGUAGAGUGUGCCGGAGCACUCGAAAUCGGCCAUCUUGCGGGCUGUGGGCCGUACGCAUGGGACAGCUGGAGGAUCUUUUGCCGGGACAUACUCCGCGGAGUUGCAGACGACUACAAUGGAUUACAUGCCCUACCAGAAUUCGUUCCGGAGUGGAAGCGUGUCCGCCCACUAGACAAAGAGCUGCAGGCAUGUUUGCGCUGGAUGUGGCUACGUGAAGGCUGGAUAUGGACACCUGGUACGGAUAGUAAACGCAGAGUGACGGAGCAGGAAAUGGAGAGUGCGGUGCAAGGUGGAAGUUUUGCACACGAGUUGUAG